UUAUGUUCUCAUCUUCAUGCCACUUGUUUCUUUUCUUUUUUUCUGUAUUGUACUGGCUAGGACUUUCAGUACGGAGGUGAAUAGAAUGGCUGAAAUGGAACAUUCUUGCCUUGUUCCUGAUCUCUGUCUUCAAAUUAAGCAUGUUAACUGUAAGCUGUUCUAAGAUGACUUUUAUCAACUUGAGGAAGUUCCUUUCUAGUCCUAAUUUGCUGAGAACUGUAAGCUGUUCUAAGAUGACUUUUAUCAACUUGAGGAAGUUCCUUUCUAGUCCUAAUUUGCUGAGAACUGUAAGCUGUUCUAAGGUGACUUUUAUCAACUUGAGGAAGUUCCUUUCUAGUCCUAAUUUGCUGAGAACUGUAAGCUGUUCUAAGAUGACUUUUAUCAACUUGAGGAAGUUCCUUUCUAGUCCUCAUUUGCUGAGAACUCAUUUAAGAUUCUUUAGAAGCUCUGAAAUGUUUCUGGGCAACAGAGGAUUACCACCUGCUUCCUGUCUUCCCUGAGGACAAGGCAACAGGAAACAGCUUUAACUUGUAUGGAGCCCAAAUGAUAAAACAAGAACUCUCCUCCAACUUCUGUGGCUUCAGCUUUGUUUUGUUGACUCACCACCUCCAUUCAUUUGCUUUCACAUAACCAGAAUCCUUUGAAUCUGAACAAUUAAGCCUGACUUUUCAAGGAAAUUUUUGCUAGGCUUUACUUCCCUUCUCUAAGAUGAAUGUGUGUACGUGUGCACGUGCCAUUCUAACUCUUUAUUUCUCCAGUGAAUAGUGUACACUUCAUCUCUCCCUUGAAAUGUUGCAUGAACUUGAAAACUUGUCUUCUAAAGACAAUUUGCUCCAUGAAUAAUAGACAGUGUGAUAUGUAUGUUCAGGAAAUGCCACAUACUUGAAGCCCUCAGGGAAACCUCUGGUUUUCAGGCUGCUGGGGGAACUGCUCCUUCAGAGUUUCUUACUAUAAGAGUGUCACUCAUGGGAACCUAGAACCCAGAGGCUUCUUGUCCCAGACAAGAAGGCUCCUGGGACCUGUUCCUUCCAUCUAGAACCUAAGUGAAAGGGAGGUGAGAUUAGGUCUUCAUCCUGAAUAUGUCCUUAGAUAAAUGACUUCUGUGGAGAAAGUGAGUUUGGAGAAAGGUGGAGGUUUUGUUAAAGUUAUUUUCUUCGAAAAGAGUUUAAGAAACUCAUAAACUCUUUCACAGAGGGCAAUGAAUAACAACUGGAUUGGUGGGUUUUAAUUUUUGAUUUGGGGAAUCCGUGUUGUCCGGUGUGAUAGAGGGAAACCAACAUUCUGCAAGGAGAAUACACAAUAUCCCUAAGACACAUUUGUUUCUAAAACCCUCCCCCUAAGAUUGUAAAUGAGUUUAAGGGGAUAUACAUUCCCACCUUUAAACUUCAAACUCCCAGAUCUCUGCUGUGUCCUCAUGCCGCAUGGAUUACACUACUGGUAAAACAUCCCAGGAAGGAGUCCAAGGAGGCCGUUCGCGGUUAGGGGAGGGUCCGUAUUUGACAGACAGACUUUUCUGCUUUCUUGCUCCUGGCUCGCCCCUCUUCCCUUGGAGCCCACGGUGAUGCGAACGAGUGGCUUCUGCCUCUUCGGGGACCGCCUUUGAGGCUCCAGAGCCUCACCUGACUUUCGCAGAGAGAGGCGGGCAACCGGCUCCUUACGCCACCUGAAGAGGAGGGUCCUGGGGCCCGAGAGUGUGGGAGGGAGUGAAGCCGGAGCUGCGGCCCAGAGCGGGGAGGAGACGCUCUGCCAGACACAGGCGCGCCGCGGAGAGCUCAAACUUUGAAGUGGGACGCGCUGGGCCAAGUCGGGCUGAGCCGUCAGGGCAGGAGGCAGAAGAAGCUGGGCUCCUUCAGCAAAAGGAUGGACACCACCCCCGAGACACGUCCCCAAGAGACCCUGUACCCGAAGGCCGCGCCGCCUCGUUCCCCGGGCUCCAGAUCCGGCUCCCGAGCAGAGUCUCCCCGAGUACGCGCGGCGCGGGUGGAAGUUGUGUCCAUGGCUUGGAGGGGGCAGGAGCCAAGGGGACCCCCGCCGGCGUCGGGGGACUGCCUCCGCUGGGCCCUGCUCAGCCCUGAGGAUGCAAAGAGACAGCAACCACUUUGGAGCUGAAUGUGACAAAGCAAGAAGAUGGCCAAGAUUAGCACCCAAUACUCCCACCCUUCCAGGACUCACCACCUCGUGGUAAGGACCACGGACAGAGAUCUCGAUAGCAUUGAGAACGGCCUCAGCAGGACCCACUUGCCAUGUGAGGAGACACCGUCAGAACUGCAAGAAGGCAUCACCAUGGAGACCAGAGGACUGGCUGAAUCCAAGCGAAGCUCCUUCACCAGCCAGGGGCCCGCCAGGUUGUCACGCCUCAUCACCUCGCUGCGUGCCUGGGCCGCCAGUCACUUACGCCACGAGGACCAGAGGCCUGACUCUUUCCUGGAGCGUUUCCACGGAGCCGAGCUUAAGGAGGUGUCUAGCCGCGAAAGCCAUGUCCAGAACAACGCGGGCAGCCAGGAGCCGCCAGACAGAGGGAGAAGUGACUGGCCCCUGGCCAGAAGCAACACCAAUGCCUGCAACAACUCAGAGAAGGAAAAGAAGAAGGACACCACCGUGGUGGACCCCUCCAACAACAUGUACUAUCACUGGCUGACCAUCAUCGCCGUGCCCAUCUUCUACAACUGGUGUCUGCUCGUUUGCAGGGCCUGUUUUGAUGAGCUUCAGUCUGAGCACCUGAUGCUUUGGCUGGUCCUGGACUGCUCAGCCGACUUCCUCUAUGGCUUCGAUGUGCUAGUCCGAGCCCGGACAGGCUUCCUGGAGCAAGGCUUGUUGGUCACGGAUGCCAACCGGCUGUGGAAGCACUACACAAAGACCUUGCACUUCAAGCUGGACAUGUUGUCCCUGGUCCCCACGGACCUGGCUUAUUUUAAGCUGGGCAUGAACUACCCAGAGCUGAGGUUCAACCGCCUACUAAAGUUGGCCCGGCUCUUCGAGUUCUUUGACCGCACAGAGACGAGGACCAACUACCCCAACAUGUUCAGGAUUGGGAACUUGGUCUUGUACAUCCUCAUCAUCGUCCACUGGAAUGCCUGCCUCUACUUUGCCAUUUCCAAGUUCAUUGGUUUCGGGACCGACUCCUGGGUCUACCCAAACAUCUCAAACCCAGAGUAUGGGCGCCUCUCCAGGAAGUACAUCUACAGCCUCUACUGGUCUACCUUGACCCUGACCACCAUCGGCGAGACCCCACCCCCCGUGAAAGAUGAGGAGUAUCUUUUUGUGGUCCUCGACUUCCUGGUGGGUGUCCUGAUUUUUGCCACCAUUGUGGGCAACGUGGGCUCCAUGAUCUCACACAUGAACGCUUCGCAGGCUGAGUUCCAGGCCAAGAGUGACUCCGUCAAGCAGUACAUGCAAUUCCGCAAGGUGACCAAGGACUUGGAGACACGGGUGAUCCGGUGGUUCGACUACCUGUGGGCCAACAAGAAGACGGUGGAUGAGAGGGAGGUGCUCAAGUGCCUCCCCGACAAGCUGAGGGCCGAGAUCGCCAUCAGCGUGCACCUGGACACUCUGAGGAAGGUCCGCAUCUUCCAGGACUGCGAGGCGGGGCUGCUGGUGGAGCUGGUGCUGAAGCUGCGGCCUGCGGUGUUCAGCCCCGGGGAUUAUAUCUGCAAGAAGGGGGACAUAGGGAGGGAGAUGUACAUCAUCAAGGAGGGCAAGCUGGCUGUGGUGGCCGAGGAUGGGGUCACCCAGUUCGUGGUCCUCAGCGAUGGGAGUUACUUUGGCGAGAUCAGCAUCUUGAACAUCAAGGGGAGCAAGUCGGGGAACCGCAGGACGGCCAACAUCAGGAGCCUCGGUUACUCGGACCUGUUCUGCCUCUCCAGGGACGAUCUGAUGGAGGCGCUCACCGAAUACCCUGAGGCCAAGAAGGCGCUGGAGGAGAAGGGGCGGCAGAUCCUGAUGAAGGACAACCUGAUCGACGAGGAACUGGCCAAGGCCGGGGCGGACCCCCAGGGCAUCGAGGAGAAAGUGGAGCAUCUGGAGUCCUCCCUGGACACCCUGCAGACCAGGUUUGCACGGCUCCUGGCUGAGUACAGUGCCACCCAGAUGAAAGUGAAACAGCGGCUCAGCCAACUGGAAAACCAGGUGAAGAUCGGCCUCCCGCCUGACGGGGAUGCUCCACAAACAGAGGCCAAACAACAGUGAAGACGCAGAUGUCUGUCUCCCGCUUCCCAGAGCCAGCUGUCAGUGUGAUGCUGCACGGCGUGGGACUUGGCCAGGGCUGAAUUCCAGCUUUCCUUACCCUUUGCGAGCUGCAUGGCCUCGGUUUCCUCAUCUAGAAAGCGGGACUCUUGCCAUCUGCCCCAGUUAAGUGGCAGGUUGCUGUGAGCUCACAAGAAGCACUGCAUGCAGCCGGGCUUUGUAAAGAGUGGGGCGCCCCCUGCUCAAGAGUACGAGAGUGUGAGCACAGAGCUCUUUUAAUUUUUAUCCACAGAGAAUUUUUAGACUUGUGAACUUCAUUUUUUUUUUUUUAUAAGUGGAAGAUGAUUUAGUCACCCACCCGCUUCUGCCCCUCACUUCACCCCCUUUUGCUGAGGGGGAUGUAACAGAAUCUGAAGUACAUGUGGUAACUCAAAUUCAAUACACGAGACGGUUUGGGGCUUGUUUCUGACUCUGGUAUAUCCUCGUGUGCUCUUUGGGAUGCUAGAAACCCUGGCCAUUGGUGCUGCAACAAGCACAAGGGAUAAAGCCAGGUCGCCCCAGUUGAGGUCACUUCGAGUCUGAGAAGCAAAUCCAGGCUCCCUGCCAUCCAGCUGCUGUGAAACCGGAAUCUGUUUCAUAGAAAAGAGCAUCUCCGUUAGGGAAAGAGACAUCUCCUAACUCGCCAGCGGGGUCCAAAGACAACCUCUCUCCUGGUACCUGAGUCAGGGUUCUGGGGCAGCCUGUUCUGACUUGGUGGGGAGACUUAUGUGGAGGGGAAAGGUUCCCAGGUUGGAGGCUGGAAUGGGGUCCUAAGCCAAACAAGCUGACCACUAGGACUUUUAGGAGAUGAGACCCUUAGGCCAUGUCUUUGCAAACUGCUCCUUGACCCCUGAAGAGGAAGCCUUGCUCUGCCUUGGAAUUACAUCCUGAGGCAAAGCUCUUAGCUGAAAAUGUGCAGAGUGUAGAACCUAGCUCUUUUUGUCUAAUCCAGUAAAUAGUAUUGCAUUAACAUUUUAUAUAAGAUAUCUCUAGAUUUGGGUUCUAUGUUUGUGAAUUAUUACCUUAAUGGUCCAUCCUUUGCUUAAUACACAUUGUAAAUUACCCAAAGACGAGUCACUCUCCUGAUGCAGAGAAGCCGUAUAUGUAGGUUUUCCUGAUCCUCUUUUCCAUCAACCUCUCUGUCUCUGUCUCCCCUUCUUCUUCCUUCUUUCUAUUCUCUUCCUUCUCCUCUUCUUUCUUCCUGUUCUCUCUUGUUCUCGGACAAGAUGCCCCAUUUGCUUUGAAGUCUCUGUGGUCCACUGUUAUAUAAUCCAUAUUCUACAUAACUCGGCCCUAAUGUAGUUCAUCCAAAAGGUGCUGCCUUUUCAAGUAUGUAUUUUGGAUUUACAUGGGUCUCUUCUGGUUUUUACUAUGGACCAUUUGACCAUUUUAACUUUCUAAAAGGAAUUUCAAAGGCCUAUUAAAGGAAAGUGUGAUCCAAGCUCAUAUCAACAGCAAAAUGUAACUAGCAACGUGUUAUCAAAAUGCAUAUAUUUUAAAAAGCCUUUUGACUAUUAAUUUUGCCUACAUUCAUGUUUGCACAGGAAAAAUAGAGACCUGGAUUUUAAAAAUACUGGAUGACUCCUGCUUCAUAGUUUGUUAUAAGGGAAGAUUCAGUCCUGGGGUAUGUUUCUAGGGCAAUGAGCCCGGCUUCCCCAAAAGAACGGGCGCUGGUGAACAGGGACAGCACAUGCUCGAUGUGAAGGGGAUAAGUACGAAAGCAGAUGAUGGAUUUGGAUGUGCUUCUGUGAAGAAAUGCCACGUGUCUCUACUGGUCCAAGAACGAACAUGUCCAGACUACUGCC